AUGUGGAUGAUCCGAGCUGCCGCGCCGGCGGCGAAGGCCGCGUCGCGGGCGGCGCUGCUGCCGCGCUCGCGUGCCUGGCAUGCAUGUGCUGUGCUGUGCAGUAAAGAUACGCUAUCUGACCCUUUUCCCCUGCCCUUUUCCAAAGAACUGGAUCCCAAGCAGCGUGCUGAAGGCGUCAACCUGGCGAGUGAGCGCCAGGGCGUGGAAGGUAUGAGCGUGCCCAUUCGCGUUCCCAAUCGUGAGAAUGAGCCACGUCCGCGUUUGCUGGCACGCCUCCAGUAUCAAUGCAGGAAACGUGGCACGCUCGAGACGGACCUGUUGCUCAGCACGUUUGCGCAAAGCGAGCUGGCAUCGCUGCCGGAUGAGGAGCUCCAUGAGCUCGAUGCACUCCUUGACGAACCGGAUUGGGACAUUUUCUACUGGUGUACAGACCGCAAGCCAGUGCCCGAGCGGUGGCAAGCAUCGUUCACGACACAGGGCCGGUUAGGGUACAGACUACGUAUUCAUACACGGAAUGACCAUGGCCUUGUGCGGCGAUUUCCGCCACUCAAAGGCGAUAUUCAAUCGCCCUCUGCCUAG